CUCUGUUUUAUCCGCCAAUUCCUUCCGGCUGCAUUUGGGAUCUCACUUCCUCUGCCCAAUCGAUUCACGGUCGCAGAGCAUCAUGUCGCCGUCUGCCGUCGGAUGCUUCGUUGCCGACGGCGGAUGUGCAUGUCUUGCUAAAGAGAAUGGGGAUGUCAGAGCAGUUGGCAACUGUAAAUCCAGUGAUUCUUAUUGUGAUCAUUGUGGCUGUGGUUCAGCGGAUUUAUCUUCUUUGCCGGUGUUUUCGUGCUCUUCCUCUUCUCUAUGGUCUGAUUCGACGCGGUUGAGUGAGUCGGGAAAGCUAUGGCGGAUCCUUGUUGCUUCUGCUAAAGGCUUCACAAUCGGAGCUGGUCUCAAAGGUGGACUCUCUCUCUUCUCUGUCCUCGCUGGAUUGAAGCGGAGAAAGGCCUUGGCCUCCCUCGGGAAGAAAGGAGUGAUUACGAAUCGAGAUGCGAUUUCCAUGGCUUUGAAGGAGACUUUGAGAUACGGCCUCUUUCUUGGAACCUUUGCUGGUACAUUCGUUUCCAUCGAUGAGAUCAUAGGCAAUCUGGCAGGCCACCGGAGGACUGCAAGAUGGAGGGCUCUAGUAGCGGGAGCAUUAGCUGGGCCAUCGAUGCUUCUGACUGGAUUAAAUACGCAACAUAAGACCUUGGCUAUCUACAUUUUUAUGCGUGCUGCGGUCUUGGCAUCGCGCUGUGGGAUUGAAAGCAAGCGGCUCGGGCAUAUUUGUAAGCCUCUCACAUGGUCAUAUGGUGACAUCUUCCUCAUGUGCCUCUCCUCUUCGCAAAUCUUGUCUGCUUAUGUGUUAAAGCAAGAUAGCUUACCACCAUCGUUUAGGUCCUUUCUCAAUACUCAUGGUGGAAAGGAUACUGUAAUCUUGGAAGGUUUAAAGAGCUUUAUAUUAGGCAUGCCUUCUAAUAAAUUUAAUGCGAUAGAAAAGUACUACCAGACUAAGGGUGCUCACGUCAAACUAGAUCCGGGAAUGAAGACUCCAUGCACGAUUAUACAUGGAAAUCAAUCAUGUGGUGGCCAUUUUCUUUCCUUUAUCAUUGAAGGAUAUAAAAGAGCGUUGCCGGUUUAUCUCCCUGUAUAUCUUAUCCCAGCCCUAAUAGUUCAUCGUCAAGGUCUCAUGAAUAGGCCAUACGAAAUUUUAGCAAGGGGGCUUCUUGGAACUGCUAGAUCAAGUCUGUUCCUUUCUGUAUAUUGUGCGUCUGCUUGGAUAUGGACAUGCCUGACCGCAAGGACUUUCCAGAAAAUAAACGUUCCAUUGGUUGCAGUGGCAACGUUCUUAACGGGUUUGGCUCUGGCCAUUGAGAAGAAGAGCAGGAGGAUUGAAAUCUCACUCUAUUGCCUUGCAAGAGGUAUCGAGAGCUUCUUCAGCUGCAUGACAGAUUUGGGAUACUUACCACAAUCGUUGAAUUUCAAGCGAGCGGAUGUGAUAGUUUUCAGCUUAUCAACCUCCAUUAUAAUGCACUGCUAUGCUCAGGAACGGGCGGUAUUUCGAUCCAAGUAUUUGAACGUUCUUGAUUGGGUUUUUGGUGUGCCCCCACCCCCCUGUGAAACACCACGCUGCAAGAACGGCAAGCAAGAUUAAAAGAGCUUCAUACUACACUGGAUUUUAAUGUGCCAAAUCUGUGUAAUUUUAAGUCAAGAAUUUUCUUACUACAUAGUAUUUUAGUGUUAGGUGACCAUUACCUGCUAUAGAAUUAGCAUGCAAUCGUUUUGACCACAUCAUGCAUCAUAUGAAGAUGUAAUUCUUGCAACAUUAUUCCAUUUAGGCCCCAGUUUAUUUUGAAGAUUUUGCUGGGGUUCGAUGUGGCCGUUGUAGCCGAUAAUCUGAACAAGAACAUGAUCUAUUAUGAGACAGGUAGUUCUAUUCAAAUC